AUGUUUGAUGCGAUAGCCCCGUCGCCGGAGCGCUCGCGAGGCGCUCCUCCGUCGCCAAACUUUUUGUGCGAAGACGAAAAGGGAAACAUUUACAUUCUUUCGAAGAAGCGUCGAGAAAACGGUCGCGUAGAUACAACGAUAACCUCGGAUCGAUCGCGAAGAGCCGCACAGCAUGCCGCUGGCGUAGCUUCGCUCGAAGAUGUUCGGGUAUAUUCAGGCAUUCCUUCUUCGUCGUUAUCGUCGAACGGAGAAGAAGAAGAAGAAGAAGUGCGCACGUUAGAAGUUUCGAGCGGAGGACAGUUUGCGAUUUUGGUUUCUGCGAGAGAGAACAACAACACAAAGAAAACGAGUCGCGUGUACGUCGUUCGUUUACAACAAGACGAUCAAGUGAACGCCGAAGGUGGAAACAAAUCGUACUAUGAUAUCUUACCAAAAUACUUCGAAAGUGCGCCGAGCGCGACGGUUUUAUCGGCCAAGUUUUGCCCGGGAACGGAGGAGUCGAUUGCGAUGUUAACGAGCGACGGAUAUUUUAGAAUUGUAAACUUUACGAGGAGCUGCUCUGCUCCCGAGCAAAUUUGGAAAAUGGAUCCAUCGAACGAGCAUUCUUCUUCCACGCCAAUCCGUCCGCAGGUUGUGGACUUUACAUUUGGUCCACCGAGUGGAUGGGGACGUUUCACCGUUUUCUUCUUGUGCGCUACGGAGGAAAAGAAAGUAGCGGCUGUCAAGUGCAUGUGUCCUAUCGUCGCGUCUGGGUCGAGAACAUCGAGCCGGGUGUUGGAUGAGCUUGCAAAGGAUUCACAAAUGCAGAAAGGCGGUGGUGAGUCUCUGCGAUGGCUUGAACGUACGUUUGAUAUGACUUCAAAAGCUUCGGUUCGAGUUGCGCGAAAAUUAUCUGCGAAUGCCUCGGGAGGCGAAGCGGUGGCAUUGCAAGAUUUCUUGACGACAUCGUCCGCGUCGUCUAUGCACUCGCACGCGUCCCGCGGUAAUCUAAAGAUUGCUGUGCGUUCACUUUCGGGUGAUGGAAGAGGUGACGACGGUUUCUUGAUUGCAACCUUGCAAACAGAUCGUUUAAUUGUGAGUGCAAUUACCACCGCUUUGAUGCCGUUGUGGACGAGCCGGGAAAGUCGCACGAUUGAGGGGAUUUUACACGCCUCGUCGACUUCUGGAGAUAGACACGCGUCACCAACUCCUAUUUUGUGCGACGUCGAUGUUAUAAAACUGGAGAAUAGUGCGCAGGAUGGUGGUAGCACGACGAUUUAUGAUUCGUGUCAAAAAGUAGAGUGGGAUACCUUUAUCAAGCAGCGGCUUUUCGCUACGCUGAAAGGGUCUGUGCAUAGUGUGGACCUUCGAUGGCUGCCGAUUCUUGAAGCGGCACAUUAG